UCUCCAUAAAUCGUGCGUACAGUCAGUUAGAGUGUACAUUCCAUAAGGGCGCCCACACAAAACUGCGAUGCGAUGCGAAUUAGCAAAAACUUGAGAUGCGAUGCAAUUUUGUUCGGCAGCCCGUUUGGUACUGUAACCAUACUUUCAAGUGUAGUCAGCCGUAUUGGACGUGAGUUGCAGUUUUGUAUGGGACCGGAGCCCUAAAUCGAUUUCACAAUGCUAUCUCUGACUCGAUUGCGCAGGAAAGUAGGUACCUAAAGCAGCAAUUACAAUACCAAAUGCGAUUUUGAUUGGAUUUCAAAUUGGAUCUUAUCAUGAUCUAUUAAUAUUAAAAAUCAAAAUUCGAGAUCAAAUCAGUGAUUUUCAUUAUAAUAUCAUUUAAAAUAGCAUCUCAAUUACGGCAGUUAAGUAUAGAAAUCAUUCCUCAUACCUAAGUUGAAAUUACACGUAAAAUGAUGAAGAUUUUGAUGACUCCUUACAUAAUCCUCAUAGCUUCUUAUUUCGUCGGUGUAGGCAGUAGUCGAGCACCUACGCAUUUACUGGUAACCCGGGUUGGGCCAUGUUACGACCCUCAAGAGAUCAUUGUGAAAGUUUCUGAGCUCAGUGUUACAACGGAGAGUUACGAUUCAAAAUUGAGCGGAGUCAUUAAUAUUACUGAAGACAUCGGCAAUGGAUGGAAGAUAAAGGCCACUAUGCAGAAAUGCGUGGACAUCCGUAACAUAGAUACCUGUGACUUCUUCAAGUCAUUCUUCGUGGUAAACAACGGCUGCAGUGCUGACGAAGUGCAUCAAAACUUAUACAAUGUUCUCUUUAAUUAUACGAGACCAAAAAUUCAAUGUCCAAUACGCGCUGGUAAUUACAAUUUACUUAAUUAUCCAUUUUAUAGCGAUGAUAACUACAUCUCGGUAUUAGAAUCUAAAAUAUCGACUAGCGUGUUCGGUUAUACGAUCAGUUUGGAAGGAUACGCUGCUAACAAGAAGAAGGUAAAGAAGUGUUUCGACAAUAACAACUGCUAUUUCCAAUAGUAAAUUAUUAAUUAACACAGAAUUGUAAGGACGGUCCAAGUAUAGAGCCUAGGGGUACGCCCAUUUGAAAUAGUCUUCCUAAGAAUGUCGAUAGGCUUAUUCUUUCGAUUUUCAUUGUUUGUUUGAUAUGCGGAAUAAAAACAAAUCGAGAGUUUUAAGAUGAAUGUUGCAGAGA